UGUAACUUAACAUCAUAUAUUGUUAAACCAAUAAUAAUACGAUUCAUAGUCAUGUGACGUUUUCACGUGGCAUAAAGUAGGAGUCCAUGCGCGCGGUAUAUCCGUUGGGAUCGUUAAGCGCCAAACAGAAUUGCAUGUGAAACUUUUGCAUAAUGCAAAUAACUUGCAAACGGAAAUCCUGGAAAAUAAGACUGAUAUAACUACGUCAGCUUCUUCGAUUUUACGUUUGUGAAAAUAUGUAUUUUUUUUCUUCUAGUAAUCUAUAACGGAUCAUAAGAGAAGUGAUAAGCAGUAAGCACUAGUGAUCUCCCUAUAUAAGUGAAGUCUUGAAAGAAUUGAAAACUUCACUCAGCUUAUUUUUCAACUUUUCAGCCCCCAACAAAAUCAUGAAUCUUAUAGAAUAUGCCCAUUUUUUAAUUAUUUCACUAUUCACCUUCAACUUUUGCUUCCAGCGGAUAAACUCCGACGACAACGGAGGCUGGGAGAGAGGCCAUGCCACUUUCUACGGUGGAGCUGAUGCAUCCGGAACAAUGGGAGGUGCGUGUGGGUACGGUAACUUGUACAACCAAGGCUACGGACUACAAACCGCGGCGCUGAGCACGGCUUUGUUCCAAAGCGGCCAGACGUGUGGGGCUUGUUUUGAGCUACGUUGUGAGGAUGAUGAUCAGUGGUGCCUCCCUGGUUCCAUCAUCGUCUCUGCUACAAACUUCUGUCCUCCAAACUUUGCCUUAGCCAACGAUAAUGGUGGUUGGUGCAAUCCUCCCCUCCAGCACUUUGACUUGGCCCAGCCCGCCUUCCUUCAGAUCGCUCAGUACCGAGCUGGGAUCGUUCCUGUCGCAUUCAGAAGGGUUCAAUGUGAGAAACCUGGAGGGAUAAGGUUCACGAUAAACGGGAAUUCAUACUUCGACCUCGUGCUGAUCACAAACGUGGGUGGUGCUGGAGAUGUUAAGGCCGUAGCUUUGAAAGGCUCAAAGACUAAUCAAUGGCAAUCCAUGUCAAGAAACUGGGGACAGAACUGGCAAAGCAACACUUACCUCAGAGGUCAAAGUCUCUCUUUUCAAGUCACUGCGAGCGAUGGUCGGAGUGUUGUGAGCUAUGAUGUUGUGCCUGAGGAUUGGCAAUUCGGUCAAACUUUUGAAGGAGGACAAUUCUAGAUUAUGUAUCAAGAGAAACUUAACUAUAUAUAUAGACACAAAAAGAGUCAAUGAUUGUGCUUAAGACAAAGACUCAGCUUCUUAUACGUCUGGAUCAUAUAAACUCAUAAGAUAGACAAUGGGACAACCAUCCAAACUACGUUUUACAUUACUUUUGAGCGUUUCUUUUAAAGACUUUCAUUAUAUCAUAGUUUCCCCAAAAUUAGAGCAAAUUGGAAUGUCUUAUUUCAUUAGAUAUAUAACUAUUAGUUGCACAAUCAUGAUCACGGCCAAGAUAUAAUGCAACAUCCAUA